AUGGAAUCCGAGACGCCCUUGGACACUAUAUAUUUUUAUUCCAAAACGGACACUUCUUUGGACGCGAAACCGUCGAAUUUGGACGAUGGAUUAUCGAUGGGAUCCAGCACGGAUUCUUUGACACAAUCCAAGGAAUUAAAGCUGUACCAAAAAGACUCCAAGCCAUCGAAAAAACAGGAUGACGCUGCUUCGCAAAUUUCCAUUAAAGAGUUCUUGAACUUCCUGAAAGUCGCUUAUCAGGUUCAAGAUAGCAUUGAAAACGUUCUCACCGCAAACGGCAUGACCGAGGCCGUCGAAUGGCUGAAAAGAAAAGAAACCCUGCUUUUGUUGAACCAAAACAGCAUCAGUAUACAAACCUUGCCCGAUAUAGUCCAGGAAAAACCACCUGAAGAAAAAAAAGAGAUCGUGAUAAAACGAAAAAGCGCCUCUUCGAUUGCUACUAACAACAUAUGCGAUGCUGAGCCUUUGAAAAGGAGAUUAAGCGACAUCGUAUCUGAAGGAUUGCUCGAUUCUGUGAUUCCUUAUUUAGUGCAAUCGACGCCAUCGAAGACCAAAAGCCUCGCUUCUAUCAAACUAAACGGUACUGAAAAACUGUCUUCUGCUUCAACCAAUUCUGUAGUUCAAAACGAAAAAUUGGCAAAGAAAAGGGCAAGCGAACCGGACAUAAAAAACAUCGCCAUUAAAUCGCAGUCCGAGAUAGAGAUUCACGUUUGCGAUGAAGUGAAAAACGCCAAGAAGACGUUCUAUUGCAACCAAUCUUUGCUCGUUAGCAAAAUGGGGUAUUUCGCGGAAGUAACGCAAGGUCAGCGUUUGGAAGACAUGGAUAUAUCGGUGCAUUGCGACAUCGGCAUAUUCGAAUGGCUGAUGGAAUGGGUGAGGAAAGACACCUUGCAGGAAUCGGAUUGGCCCAAAUUGGAUUGCCAGCUAGUCGUCCCCAUUCUAGUUUCUGCAGCUUUUCUACAAAUGGAACCUUUGCUGGACGAUUGCCUGCGAUUUUGCCAUGAGCACAUGACCGAAAUUUUGAGAACCACUACGAAUCUAUCCUGUCUAAACGACGCUAUAGUUACAAGAUUGGCCGCGAUGUAUACAAACGUCGAAAUCGAAGCCAUCAAAGACAAAAAGGACAAGAUUCAAUCCCGCUUAUUUACGAAGCUGAUCCAAUCGCUGGCGGAGCCCGAGCCGGAGAUCAUCAGGGGCCAUUGGUGCUCCUUAGCGAGAGUGUUCAAAUGCGAGAAAUGCCAAUUGCUCAUCACGCCUAAAGUCGCUUCGAUGAUUCCUUGCCUACCGCAGUGCAUGAGACUGCAACCUGACGGAUCUAUUCUCAGUUUGCACGUAAAAGAUCCGAAUUGGAACAUCAGCGCUUACAUCCUGAAACUGUACAAGAAACUGAAAACGUGGCGCAAAGUGUACUGGCGGCUGUGGGGCGACGCUCAUUUCCUCUUUUGCAACGUGUGCAAGCGGUACUUCCCCGCCAAUCAGAUCGGCUGGUGUCGAUUCCAUCCGGACGCGGCGCAAUUCUUCACGAUAGACGCCCAAAGGGCGCACCUGCCGAUCGGAAGGUACCCGUGUUGCGGGGAAAGGGCCUACAAAUUUCAGUUGCUCGAAAACUUUAACGGCUGCCAUUUCAGACAGCACUUGGUUUACAAUGAGGACGUAAAAGAUUCCGCGAUAUUUUCCAUGUUGGAGACGUACAAGCAUUUAAUAGAAGAGGAGCCUCCCCAACUUCUGUUUCCCGAGAAAUUGACCAGAUUAGUGGCGAGGGAUCCGAAUUCGACAGAUAAGAAAUUCGUGUGUAAAGAAGUAUUUUGGUGGGAUGGUAUAGAAAUCAUACCGCCUCGACCGAAGCUCGGUUUGUUAGGGAAUUUCAGUAAUCGAAACGCUGACGAAUGCCCCAAUUCCGAGGAAAGUUCAGAAGAAUUGACCGAAGAGGAAUCGCCUUCGUCGAUAUCGUCCGGAUCUGAAGGGAGCGCUGAGAGCAAUCCUCGACCGAGAAGGAAGCUUAUCAAAAGGCGCAAGCAAAAGAGGAAAUUGGGAACGAGUUUGUGGCAACACAAUUUAUCGGCGAGGAGCAAUCAGGAUAUCCAACGUGCUUAUGAAGAAAAAACUCUUAGAGAAAUCACGGAAUUUCUGAAUAAAAACGCUAGUAACGAAAAUUUAAGCAGAGGUAAAAGCGUUUCUAAAAAUUUAACGCCCGUAGGGGGUGUAUGGGUGAGAUUGGAGGCCGAAUGGCGCGAGAAUGCAACACAUAUGAAAAAUAUGGCAAAGCAACAACCGCCUACGCCGAUAUGUCAAUCGAAAUAUAACAGAUUUAAACCAAAAUAA